ACCUGGAAGGAAAUCGCCGUCACCGGGAUAAACUUCCCGGGCAGCGCGGAAGGGCCGGGCCGGCACCAGGUGAUGUAAUGGGAAGGGCAGACAACUUGUGCAGGAGUAAAUUAGAAAUAAUUCCUAAGAAGUCACUAAAAAACCUGUUCCAGGUGAUGCCCAGCCCUCCAUGGAAUGAUGCCGUCCCGCACCAACCUCUCUGCUGGGAUUCCCAGUAGCAAAGUCAAAUAUUCCAAGCUCUCCAGCACUGAUGAUGGAUACAUUGACCUGCAGUUCAAGAAGAGCCCACCAAAGAUCCCCUACAAGGCCAUUGCCCUGGCUGUUGUGCUCUUCAUGAUUGGGACCUUCCUCAUCAUCAUCGGAGCCCUGCUGCUGGCAGGGUACAUCAGCAAAGGAGAAACGGACCGAGCCAUCCCCGUGCUCAUCAUCGGCAUCCUCGUGUUCCUGCCGGGCUUUUACCACCUGCGCAUCGCCUACUACGCCUCCAAGGGCUACCGGGGCUACUCCUACGACGACAUUCCCGACUUUGACGACUGAACAACCGUCCCAUCCCACCCUCAGUAGUUGCUCAGAGCUGGUUUUUGUCCCCCUGGGCCUCGGGGGCCUGGCAGGGCCCCGCUCACGUGUGUCCCUCACACGGUUCCUGGGUUUGAGGGGUUGCAGGUUGUCCAGUUUGGGGGGUUUUGGGGGGGCUGGAACACGGAAUUGACCAAAAGGAAUUGCAGAGAACUUGGGAUUUAUGGUAUUUUUCCUCUUGCCUGUUGCUGGGAAGUCCUUCCUGGGCGAGGCAAUUCUUGCAGUUUUCCAGAAGCAGCUGAGCCGCUUUCAGCAGCAGAUCCUUGUUUUUUCUGACUGUUUUAUAGAGUUUAGUUUUCCAUGAGAUUGUGGUUACUGUUGGCUUUACCUUUGCAGACAAACACCAUAGUUCAAUUCUCCCUCUGCUCUCUGUCCAUCAGAAAUGCUUCCAGAGUUCUUGUCCUGAGCUUUCGUUGUAGUAACUGAAGUCUGAUGUGCAGGGGAGGGGGAAAACAGCACUUGUAGGAAAUAAUUUACACUCUGCACUUGCUACACAGCUCCUUGUCAGGCUGACUGACUUAUUUCCCCACAAACACAUUCUUCCCAGGAGAGCUUUUCCCAGGCCACUGUUGCUUUUGGCAAAAUCUGCUUAUCCCUCACAAGGAUUUUGAUUAUUAUUUUAAACAACUGAAUGGAUACCAGGAGAAGGGUUGGAAUCUAGACCAGGACUCAAGUGUCUAAAUACCAAAAAUCUUGGGUUUGACUAGUGUGGAUAUUGGAGACAUUAUUGGAGACACUUGAAUUCCAGCUGUCUGUAUGUUUGGAGUCCUUGUGUAGCUGAUAUUCUGUGCAGAGCUGCCCAGAGCAGUGAAAAGGAAUUCCCUGUAUAGUUUGUACUGAACAAAUUCCCUCUGGAUUGCUUUGCCAGCAUCAGUGGUGUGUCAUUCAGGGAAGGCAGAGGGACAGCUCCAUUCCUCUGAGGUGGGAAUGUCUCGGUGUCCUGGAGAACGUGUGACAAGUGAGGGUGCAAGUGGGUGCAUUUAACGUGAAUAAAGUUCUAUAUUCUGUGUAACCUUAA